CCAGUGACCGUCGGUAGCGUAGGUAGGCACCGCGAGCCGAGCCUCCCGGCGGCCCGGGAGCGGCGAAAGAGCGAGUCCGAGAGGUUCCUGGGGGCAGGUGGCACCGCGAAGAUGGUCGCCAAGCAGAGGAUCCGUAUGGCCAACGAGAAGCACAGCAAGAACAUCACUCAGCACGGCAACGUUGCCAAGACCUCGAGAAAUGCCCCCGAAGAGAAAGCGUCGGUAGGACCCUGGUUAUUGGCCCUCUUCAUUUUUGUUGUUUGUGGCUCUGCAAUUUUCCAGAUUAUUCAAAGUAUCAGGAUGGGCAUGUGAAGUGACUGACCUUAAGAUGUUUCCAUUCUCCUGUGAAUUUUAGCUUGAACUCAUUCCUGAUGUUUGAUGCCCUAGUUUAAAACAAUUCAGUAAAUCAUCCUGCCUCAG